AUGAACACGGCCGGUCGUCAGGAGUCGAGCAACCUCGCGAGCAGUGCGAGGAAUGAGGCGCGGGAGGACAUGGCCGUGUCGGCUGUUCCGUCCAACACCGUCAUCUGCUCGUUGGAGCAGGACUUUUUCACAAACAGUGCAGCUUUUUCACAAACAAUGCAGCUCAUGUCAAGAGCAGAAGGGUGCGGCGAACUGAAUGACAUCAUCAUCAGCGAAGAGGAAUGCAAGAUCAAGUUCAUCUACGAGAAGCAAGAAGAUGCCGUGAAAGCGCGAUUGAAGCUGCACGGCUUUGUAUUCCAUGGCCACGAGAUUGACACGGAUUUCGGCCAGGCCUUUGAUGUGAACCCGCCCCAAAUGUCGUACCUCAAGGUACCGGAGCCGACGAAGCAGUUUCUCAUCUCUCCACCUGCGUCUCCACCCAUUGGCUGGGAACCAGGCACGGAGUCACCCCCAGGUACGCCACAUGAGUGUGCGUGUAUGUGUGUGUGUAGUUGA